GACAUACAUGGUCGUAAUUGGCACCAUGAAUGCCUUGGGUGCCGCUGCUGCUGACGGUCAGUAUCUGCUCCAAGUCAAAAUAUUUCUACCCGUAACGUCUUUUCAGUCAUGCUCGCAGCAAGGGUGCACGCCUUUUGUGGACGUGAAAAGAGGAUAUUGAUUGCGAUAUCAUUCUUCAGCAUAGUGACCUUAAUGCUCUCCCUUGGCAAUUUUCUUGUUGCUCAAUAUUGCACAUUAAUUUAGGUCACGGUUUCAGCUACGCUAAUAAUUUUCUAUAUCGCUGCAAGUAAAUGCGGAAGUCUGUAUCUCUCCCUUCACAUGUCUUCUGCUCACCCGUAACCCAGAAUCUACGUGUGACGCAUCGGAGGCCAAACAAUUCUUAGGUAUCCUCUAUAUUUUACCCAUGACCUAUCAGCUUGUAUUGAUGGCCUUGACAGUGCACAAACGUUUCAAAUUUUACCGACAGGAAAAGACCCCACUGGUUUCUACUGUAUAUCGGGAUGGCAUGAUUUACAUGCUAUGCAUUGCCCUGGCCUCUAUAGUGAAUUGUGUGGGCAUUAUGAAGCUUCCUUCACCAUAUUGCAAUAUUCUCUAUAGCCCCCAGGUAGUCGUGUACAGCGUUUUUGCCUCACGCAUAAUGUUCAAUCUGCGAGCAACACACGAAUCGCAGGAUGUCCCUAUAACCGGGCCAGUCACCUCGAGCGUGGUCAUUGCUCGACCGAUCCAAACUUCUUCCGGUGUGGAUCGUCUAGAGCUGCCGGAUAUUAGAAACGUUUGAUUCGCGUUCCACUAUGGCUGAGCAUUAUACAAACUUUUAACUUACUUUCAACCAUGCCGGAUAUUAUAUACAUAACUUUCAACUAUGGUUGUAGUGCUCUCUGUGCAUACAUAUCCCCUGCUACCCUUCCCGACAUUGAUACAUUAACUUAGUCUUCAAGCCUAUGCAAGACCCCUAUGAUGCACCAGCAAUACACUCAAAGCUAC